CUGAGUAGGGCGGAUGUUAGCUAACUUCUUUUACGCGAUAUAUUUUCACCUUGCAGUUCUAGUGUAGUUGUAUCAGCUCGUCAGAUAACGACACAUCAUCCUCUCAGCACAGUAUUCUGCUACGACCUCCACUUUAGUUCCAGAGUAGCAUUACAGCUAGCGUGGUUCAGGCUAACGUUAGCUAACAAUUUGCUCGCGAUUGAGGAACGCCAGAACGCUUAACAAUAAGUUAACGUUAAGUUCUAAAUGAAGCUACAUGAUCACGUGUUUGGACUGUUACUGCCGUAUAUUGAACGGUGCAUGUUGCACAUAUUAGUAGGCGUAACCGCUAGCUUCGAUUGACUUGCGGCGCGAAUGCUAGCUACAUCAUCAACGUUAGCAUCAUGCUAACUAAUCUAACGUGAGCGAAGAACUGACACAACUAACGCUAACUGCAUGUCUCAAGAGUGUUUGCUGAAAUGUAUUACAGACAAUGAUCUUCAAGGAAGUGAUGGCUCUGGGAGUUUGGGUGGCCCGGAUGUCCGUAGACGAAUCCCCAUCAAACUCAUAUCCAAGCAGCCCAUAAGGAGCAAACCUCAGCCGCGCACCCAGAGACCCAGCAGCAGGCCAUCUAAAAGUGAGGCUGUGGAAAACGAUAACUUUGGCUUCAAGCAGGAGGAGAGGUUUGAUUGUGGAGCUAAAGCCGGUGAUGUGUUUGCUACUCAGAGGAGAUUCCCCCAGGCCCUGUUUUGGGACUAUAAGUUAAAUUUGAUUGGAGAAAGGGAUGAAGUACCAAUUCACUUUUGUGAUAAAUGUGGGCUUCCUAUCCACCUAUAUGGACGAAUGAUCCCCUGCAAACAUGUUUUCUGUUACGACUGUGCUCUGCUUCAUGAGAAGAAAGGAGAUAAGAUGUGUCCUGGCCUCACCAUGUACAACUGCACCGACCCAGUGCAGCGCAUCGAGCAGAGCCUGCGCGGCGCCCUCUACAUGUGCAGCGUCGUGCCCGGAUGCAAGCGCACCUACCUGUCUCAGCGUGACCUGCAGGCCCACGUCAACCACCGCCACAUGAGGGCGGCCAAGUCGUCCGCCGGCCGACAAGAGCCCGUGCACAUGCCCCCCCAAUCCGAGGUCCCCGACCGUUUCCGCGUGCCUCCACCUCACCUGCCCAAGAACCACGUUCACCUGCCCAACCCGCUCCAGCACAGCAGUCACGACCCCUACAGUCAGCCUCCCCCGCCCACGUCCCACGAAGCCCCGCCCCCGACCGCUCUCGGUCCCGAGACAUUCCGCAUCUCCACGGUGACGACCCGCAAGCACAGCAAUCUCAUCACCGUGCCCAUCCAAGAUGACUCUUCUUCUCGGGAGCCCCUCUCUGGUGGUCCGGGCCCUGCUCAGCCACCCCACCACCACCCGGGGGACUAUCCUGGUCAGCCCCCUGUAGUGUCCCACUCUCACCACAUGAUGGCCCCACCGCAGCAGCACUUCGGCCCCCCGCCUCCCCCACCUCCUCCCAUCAGCCACCCCAUGCAGCAUCCACCCCAGGCCUCCGGUACGCCACACAUGGUGUACAACCAGGCCCCUCCUCCCCCCAUGUCCACAGCUCCCCCACCAAUCACUCCGCCGCCAGGGCACAUUAUGGGCCAGAUGCCCCCCUAUAUGAACCACCCGCCGCCAGGACCACCACCACAACACAGUGGCCCACCAGUCAACGCCCCCCCACCUCAUCACUACAACCCCAACUCCAUGCAGCAGUUCCCCGAAGACCAGGGCACACUCAGUCCCCCAUUCAGCCAGCCUGGAGGGCUCAGUCCUGGGAUGUGGCCUGCUCCGAGAGGGCCCCCACCACCACGAAUGCAGGGUCCUCCGCAGGGCCAGAUGCCUGGACCUCACCACCCAGAUCAGGGCCGCUACAGGCCUUAUUAUCAGUAAACUGCUAACUGAAUGAAGGAGCAACAGCCUUUGUCAUUCUGUUCCACACCACUCGUCUCAAUAAUGUGAUAGUAGACCUCAGGGUUAUAGGACUUUCAUUUUGAUAAGACUCCCAAAAGCAAAUGUGUAUACGCUGCACAUUUUAAUAAAGUGUACUGAACCUCCCGCUGAACAAUUUAUUUUGAAUAGACUUUAAGAGGAGCAGCACGGUCCCUUUUUUUUUUUUUUUUUUUUUUUUUAAUAGCGUAUGGUAAAUAUUUCUGUAUAUAUGUCACCUGAAUUCACACAUCUGUACAUUGAAAGACGCCAAAUAUGUCUCAAUAAAUUUUUAACGGCAGACUCAUCUCUGUUUGAUAUGAAGGGUCAGCGUGGAUCCUAUUGAGAACAACUAUCAUUUGAAGACAUUUGGUUCAAAACGGUUUUAUGAGGGAAUAACCAACUGUGAUUUACUAUAUGACUUUCUGUCUUGGAUAUGUCUGGUUCUAUCAAAGCUGUUUGGUUUGAAAGUCAUUCU